AUGGCCACCAUCCCAUCAGCACGAGGUUGUUCGCUUCAGGCAUGGCCCUACUCUUCGUCAUUCCAGCAUUUACCUUUUGAGCAGCAAGCCCAAACUUCCACAUCCAACGAUGAAGCUCAUUAUCGCCUCCUCCGCCGUCGCACUCCUGGCCAUCCAGGUGAACGCCCACGGCUACCUGCUGCCUACUUCCCCAAUAGUAUCGACACCUCGUACAAUGGUCUCCUCACCGAGUCGAGCGACGCGGCAUUCUCUGGUCUCAAAUGGAACGACAGCCCCGAGGGUAACACCGCCAUGUUCAAAAAGGCGUUCCCCAACUCAAAGUUCAAGACACUCAAGGCGUUGAUGGACACCGUCGCUUCGGACUGCGGCAAGACGUCGCUAACUGGUUCGCCUGUGGAUGUGAGCUCACUGAGCUCCAUGACUUGGCAGAAUGACCAGGAGCAGAAGGGGUUCAUCGACUCCCACCACGGACCUUGUGAGGCCUGGAUUGAUGACAAACGCGUUUUCCACUCGGAUGACUGCCGAGCCGAUUUCACAACGUACCCGGCCGAGAUCCCUAUCGAUUUCUCGUCUUGCAGUGGAGACUGCACCUUCACCUUCUACUGGCUGGCAUUGCACGAGCCCAACUGGCAGGUCUACAAGCAAUGCGCGCCGAUCACCAAUGGUAGUGGCGGUGGCGCCCAGACUCAGACCACGGAUGCUCCGGCGACUACUACGGCGGCAUCGACUGAGGCUCCUGCAACUACGGAAGCCCCCUCUACCACGGAUGAAUCGACUUCCGCCGAUAUCCUGCAGACGACGGAUGCUCCUGCCAGCGAUGGCGAAUACACUUCGGCUCCUACAACUACGGCACCUGCGGCAGGCACGGUUGCCCCAGUAGAUGUUACCGAAGCCCUGAGCACAAACGCUCCGGCAGCGACAUCCACCUCGAACUGCAAGGCGCGUCGUCGCCGCAUGACCGCCAACCUGCGCUCAGAGAACUAGAUAUCCAAACCAGUGGUGAUGUUGUAUGUAUCUUCAUAGAAAAAGCGUCAAGGCCGUACGAAUUGUCGUCAAUGUGCUUUCACAGUCGACCCUCC